UAGGAUAUGAUCCGUUCGCUUGCCGUACGAACAUCACUGGGUUUCGCCCUGUGGCGAGCAGGCAACUCUCGGAACUGUGGCGCACAUGCCGAAUUUCGGGUGGAUGAGGGCACUGGAGAGGCUUCAACAGCAGAAUCCAAGAACGCAACUGCAGCGGCCUAUUCAAAGACCAAACUCUUUCGAAGAGAUCCUUUCAGCGUCGAGCGGAGCAGGAAGGUUUGUGUUUUGAUUGGCAUGACAGGUGUUGGAAAAAGUGCCACAGCCAACACACUCUGUGGGGCAAAACGUGCAUUUGAAACAAGCUCUUCAGUUGUUUCGGUGACAAGUGCUGUUCGAGUGCGGGACUAUUCCUUCGCUGGUGGCCGCUGGCGCGUGAUUGACACACCUGGUCUCGGUGACACCAACAAAUGCUAUGAAGAGACCAAAGCUGAACUCUUAGAAACCUUCCGUUAUGCCCCCCAUGGCAUUGCUUCAUUUAUUGUGGUGGUGCCCAAAGGUCGGUUUACUUCGGAAAUGGAGCAGCGGGUUCGUGAAGCUCUGGAUAUCUUUGGCGGAAGUGAAGCGAUUCGUCAUACCAUGAUCGCCGUGACAAAAAGUGCUGAUGCUCCUGAAAAAUUGCUGGAUGACAUCAUGCGACUGCCCCCAGAUCACACGCUGAGGCGCUUGUGUGAACUCGUCAGUCAGCGUGUCUUGCCAGUGGAGAAUGUCAAGGAACCUGCCAUUGCCGUAUCUCGAUUGAUUCUACAUCGAGGUGUUGAUGAAAUUCUUGAGCUCAACAAUGAAGAGAGAUUCUGGGAGCCACGGUCCACACUUUCAGUGGGACUGGCGAAAUCUUUCAAAUUGGACUUACCACAAGCUCGGUGUUCCACAAAGUGGACAGAGGUGGAGAAGUGUCCAAGGCUAGUGAUCACUUGUGACUUUCCAGGUCCAGUCAAAGAAGCAACAUCCUGAGAUUUUAGAUGAUUUUAGGGCGCCCAAGGCUGUCCCAAGGUUUUCAAGUGAAUGGGACUGUCAAUCUGCGCACUCUGUGGCCGUUUGCUCCAAAA